UUUAUUAAUUCACAGAGAGUUGCUCUAAUAUUUUAUUUGAAAUUCUUAUUUUUUUAGAAUAUUUAAAAACACUCUUCCAUAAAAUUAGAAAAUUUAGAAAUCUUGACAUUUAAAAUUAUUGUUUAGUUUCUUAGUGUUUGGUUUGCAUGUCAAAAUUUUAGAAUUUAGGAACGUUCCGUCUCUCAAGUUUUUUUAAAUGGACAUCCAUCUGAGGUACAUGUGACGGGAGAGGGUAUCCCGCGACUAUUGUAUUUCGCGACUCUAGUCCGAUUCACCUAGAUUUUACCGACCUCUCGGGUUAACCCUGCCUCCGAAUCAGACUCAUCCACUUAGGUAGACGAUCGCUGAAAGCCCGCCAGGCGGCAGUCGCUGCCGAGCUGCUGGACGAGAUGCAUUGGAUUCCCAUUCCGAACGUCAACUCGGAUCCACCAUUCGCCAAGUACCAGCCCUGCGUCACUUUCACCGACGACCAGACCAUCGAAAAGCAGAAUCUGGAGGAGCAGCGGGUCGGACCACUUGUAGUGAAAAAGACGGCUGAGCGGAAGUUCUUCUACGGCAUCGAGAUAAUGGCCACCAGCCCCAGCGGCCAGCCCGUCGUCCUGGACUUCAACAACUUUCUACCGGUGCUGCCGUCGUUCGUCAGCCUCGUUUGGCUGGGAAGACGCUACUGGAACGUGGAGCCGGUGAAGAACGUGGAGAGCCUGCAGCUGGCCCAGUUUCUCGCCCCUCGGAUACCCGUCCUGCCACACCUCACCGCCUAUCGGCUGUCCAAGAAGCGACUGGACGAUUUCCUCAACCUGGACUUCAAGAGCUGUCUGGCCAUCAGAGGGGACAUGGUUCAUCCGGGCCAGGACUUUCAAAUCACUCAGCCCAUUAUUGAACUGUCGCAUUACAAGAGAGGACAAAACAUUUCCAUUUGCGUGGCGGGUUAUCCUCAGGGAUAUACUAGCCUUGGUGGUGGUCCUCACGAGGGCAGGAAGGACAUGCUCUAUCUAAAGAAGAAGGUGGACGCUGGGGCCGAUUGCAUCUUCACCCAACUCUGCUAUCAGCCAGAGCCCAUAGUCCGAUUUGUGAAGGCCUGUCGGGAGGCGGGCAUUCAAGUGCCCAUUAUGGUCGGAUUGAUGGUCCACGACUCCAUGCGCUCCUUUGAGGCGAUCCAAGAUCUGUCUGGAGUCCGGAUGCCGGAAGACAUGCGGGAGGAACUGGAAGAGCUGCGCGAAACUCGCGGAAGCUGUACGGACUCGGAGGCGGUGUCCCAAUUCUUUGUGAAUCACGCGAUCAAAACCAUAUGUCACCUUCUGGACGCCGAUAUCGGAUGUUGGGGAUUUCAAUUCUACACCAUGAACAGUUUUCCACCUGUGCUGGCGGUGCUUCGGGAGUUGCGAAACAUGGGAAUAAUCUAAAAUUUUCAGUUUAAUAAAUAAAUUAUUUUAUUUUUGCAAA